CUAGGUAGUCAUAUCCUACCGCCUGUCUCUGGGGACCCUCUUGCGAUGAUCAGCAGCAGAUAAACGGUGACCAUGUCAGCAGCAUUUCCGUUGAGCGCGGAGCUUCACCCGCAAAGCGCGUGUGGCAGUUGAUUCCACGUUCCAUUUAGAUGUGCGCAUGCCUUUAUUGACGGCAGUGCCGCACGUCGGAAGAGCAUUCCUGGCCAAUCGAGUUGGGUUCUUGAAGCAGGAAUGCUGUUCCGCGGUUCCGCUCCCGGUGACCAACGUGCACACCCUAACGGGCGUUGUCUUGGCUCCGAUGACUCCACGGACUUGUGCAGAUGCUGCUUUGGGGCUUGCGACAGUGACGCAGGGCAAGGUCUGAAAGUUGCAAUGGGCUCGGUCUGCGUCUCCCGCAGAGGCGUCAGUGAUGGCGAAGCAGCAAUCCCUCCUGCAAGGAGCAACACAGACGAUAGGCGAAGAGGCAGCCGUUCAGGCCCGUCCAGACUUGCAGGCAAGACGGGCAAGUAGGAGAAGGCUUAUUGAGCGGGGUGCAGUUGGCGGAACGCCUCUGGAUGAUGGUGCAUGGCGGGUUGGGCGCAUGCCGCAAGUGCUGAGGCGGGGACGCAGAAGAGAAUGAUAAGGCUUGCGACAGCGAGCAGGAGAGACGAGAGGGGCCCUCUCGGAAGCCGCGAUUGGUCGAGGGCUGGUGUACCAGAGGGACAUAUGGGGCGGACAGGAGGCUACAGGCAAGGCUCGCGCGGCGGGACUUUGACGUCGGCCAUGGCCAGGCAUUGGUCGCA